AUGGCCUUGGCUGGAUGUGAGGCUGCUGCGAUGUGGCUUCUUUGGCUCAAGCACCACUUGUCCAUCAACGUUUGGACCUUGCUACUCUUGGGGAGCACCUGGCUACCGCUGGCGGAAGGCAGCCCCAAGUCUCCCUUUAGGACUUUCCCGGUUACAGACUGGAGCUUGACGCACUUGGUGGUCCACAACAAAACCGGGGAGGUCUAUGUGGGGGCUGUCAAUCGGAUCUACAAGCUCUCCAAUAACCUCACGCUCCUGCGGACCCACGUGACGGGGCCCGUGGAGGACAAUGAGAAGUGUUACCCUCCACCCAGCGUUCAGUCCUGCCCGCACGGGCUGGUCACCACCAACAAUGUGAACAAACUGCUGCUGGUGGACUACUCGGGGAACCGGCUGAUUGCCUGUGGCAGUGCCUCCCAGGGUAUUUGCCAGUUCCUGCGGCUGGAUGACCUCUUCAAGUUGGGUGAGCCCCACCACCGCAAGGAGCACUACCUCUCCAGCGUCAACGAGUCGGGCACCAUGUCUGGGGUCAUCAUCGAGGUGCUGAAUGGGCAGAACAAGCUCUUCAUUGGGACACCCAUUGAUGGGAAGUCGGAGUACUUCCCCACCCUCUCCAGCCGCAAGCUGAUGGCCAAUGAGGAGAACGCGGAGAUGUUUGGCUUUGUCUACCAGGAUGAGUUUGUCUCCUCCCAGCUCAAGAUCCCCUCGGAUACACUCUCCAAGUUUCCCACCUUCGAUAUCUACUACAUCUACAGCUUCAGCAGCGAGCAGUUUGUUUACUACCUGACCCUGCAGCUGGACACCCAGCUCACCUCGCCAGACUCCACCGGGGAGCAGUUUUUCACCUCCAAGAUCGUUCGCCUCUGUGUGGACGACCCCAAGUUCUACUCCUACGUGGAGUUCCCCAUUGGCUGCAUGCAGGACGGCAUCGAGUACCGCCUGAUCCAGGACGCCUACCUGACCAAGCCUGGCAAGGCUUUGGCCAAGUACCUGGGCAUCUCGGAGCGGGAGGAUAUCCUCUUCACCAUCUUCUCCCAGGGCCAGAAAAACAGGGUUAAGCCUCCCAAGGAGUCUGUGCUCUGCCUCUUCACGUUGAAGAAGAUCAAGGAUAAGAUCAAGGAGCGUAUCCAGUCAUGCUACAGAGGAGAAGGGAAACUCUCGCUGCCCUGGCUCUUGAAUAAGGAGCUGGGCUGCAUCAAUUCGCCACUGCAGAUCGACGACAAUUUCUGUGGCCAGGAUUUUAACCAGCCGCUGGGUGGGACUGUCACCAUCGAGGGGACCCCGCUUUUUGUGGAUAAGGAGGAUGGGAUGACCUCGGUGGCUGCCUAUGACUACAGAGGACAAACUGUCGUCUUUGCAGGCACACGGAGCGGGAAGAUCAAAAAGAUCCUGGUGGACUUGACAGCUGAGAGGAAGCACCAAGCACUGCAGUACGAGAACGUUGUGGCCCAUGAGGGCAGCUCCAUCCUGCGAGACCUGGUGCUGAGCCCUGACCGCCAGCACAUCUAUGCCAUGACUGAGAAGCAGGUGACGCGGGUGCCGGUGGAGAGCUGCGAGCAGUAUGAGAGCUGUGAGCUGUGCCUGGGCUCCCGGGACCCCCACUGCGGCUGGUGCGUCCUCCACAACGUAUGCUCUCGCAAGGACCGGUGUGAGCGGGCGGACGAGCCCCAGCGCUUCGCCUCUGACCUGCGGCAGUGUGUCCAGCUCACCGUCCAGCCAAAGAACAUCUCUGUCACCAUGUCAGAGGUCCCGCUGGUCCUGCAGGCUUGGAAUGUCCCAGACCUCUCGGCAGGAGUCAACUGCUCCUUUGAAGACUUCACCGAGUCUGAGAGCCGCAUUGAAGAUGGGAAGAUCUACUGCAGCUCUCCCUCUGCCAAGGACGUCAUCCCCAUCACCAGGGGCCGAGGGGACAAGCGAGUGGUGAAGCUCUACCUGAAAUCUAAGGAGACGGGGAAGAAGUUUGCCUCUGUGGACUUUGUUUUCUACAACUGCAGCGUCCAUCAGUCCUGCCUGUCCUGUGUGAACGGCUCCUUCCCCUGCCACUGGUGCAAGUACCGCCACAUCUGCACCCACAACGCCGCCGACUGCUCUUUCCUGGAGGGACGUGUCAAGCUCUCCGAGGACUGCCCCCAGAUCCUACCCUCCACCCAGAUCUACAUCCCCGUGGGUGUGGUGAAACCCAUCACCCUGACGGCCAAGAACCUGCCCCAGCCGCAGUCCGGCCAGCGCAACUACGAGUGCAUCUUCCACAUCCCCGGCAGCACCACCCGUGUCACCGCCCUGCGCUUCAACAGCACCAGCAUCCAGUGCCAGAACACCUCGUAUUUCUACGAAGGAAACGACAUCAGCGACCUGCCGGUCAACUUGUCCGUGGUCUGGAACGGGAACUUCGUCAUUGACAACCCCCAGAACAUCCAGGCCCACCUGUACAAGUGCUCGGCCCUGCGGGAGAGCUGUGGUCUGUGCCUGAAGGCUGACCCGCGCUUCGAGUGUGGCUGGUGCAUGCUGGAGAGGCGCUGCUCGCUGCGGCAGCACUGCCUGGCCUACGAGAGCAGCUGGAUGCACGCCAGCAGUGGCAACAGCCGCUGCACCGACCCCAAGAUCACCAAGCUGUCACCUGAGACUGGCCCCAGGCAAGGAGGGACCCGUCUGACCAUCACCGGAGAGAACCUGGGCCUGAAGUUUGAUGAUAUUCGCUGGGGUGUUCGCGUCGGCAAAGUGAUGUGCAUCCCCAUCGAGAGCGAGUACAUCAGCGCUGAGCAGAUUGUGUGUGAAAUCGGAGAUGCCAGCCCGAGCAAGGUCCACGAGGCGCGGGUAGAAGUGUGCAUCCGUGACUGCUCGUCCAGCUACCGGGCCAUGUCCCCCAAGAGCUUCACCUUUGUGACGCCCACUUUCUCCCGUGUGGUCCCAGCCCGGGGUCCUCUCUCUGGUGGCACCUGGAUCGCCAUCGAAGGCAGCCACCUCAACGCCGGCAGCAACGUCUCUGUGACCAUCGGGGGACGGCCCUGCGCUUUUUCAUGGAGAAGCGCCCGUGAGAUCCGGUGCAGGACCCCCCCUGGACACACCCCUGGCGGCUCCCCCAUCCUCAUCAACAUCAACCGGGCAGAGCUGAGCAACCCGGAGGUGAAGUACAACUACACGGAGGACCCCACUAUCCAGAAAAUCGAUCCCGAGUGGAGCAUCAACAGUGGUGGGACGCUGCUGACCGUGACUGGCACCAACCUGGCCACCAUCAAAGAGCCCAGGAUCCGGGCCAAGUACUGCAGCUCUGAAAGGGAGAAUAACUGCACUGUCUACAACGACACCACCAUGGUGUGCUACGCACCCUCCAUCGACAACCCUGUGCGGAGCCCUCCGGAGCUCGGUGACCGCCCUGAUGAGAUUGGCUUCAUCAUGGAUAACGUCCAGGCCCUGCUGAUCAUCAACACCACCAACUUCGUCUACUACCCGGACCCUGUCUUCGAGCCGCUCAGCCCCACGGGAAUGCUGGAGCUGAAGCCCAGCUCUCCCCUCAUCCUCAAGGGCAGGAACCUGCUCCCGCCAGCUGCUGGUAACUCCCGCCUGAACUACACGGUGCUGAUCGGAGACACUCCCUGCACCCUGACCAUCUCUGAGACCCAGCUCCUCUGCGAGUCCCCCAACCUCACCGGCCAGCACAAAGUCACGAUUAAGGCUGGAGGGUUCGAGUUCUCCCCGGGGACGCUGCAGAUCUACUCGGACAGCCUGCUUACCCUGCCUGCCAUCAUCGGGAUCGGCGGCGGGGGUGGUCUGCUUCUCCUCAUCAUCAUCAUCGUCCUCAUCGCCUACAAGCGCAAGUCCCGGGAUGCUGACCGGACCCUGAAACGCCUCCAGCUGCAGAUGGACAACCUGGAGUCCCGGGUGGCCUUGGAGUGCAAAGAGGCCUUUGCUGAGCUGCAGACUGACAUUAACGAGCUGACCAAUGACCUGGAUGGGGCUGGCAUCCCCUUUCUGGAUUACCGCACCUACGCCAUGCGGGUUCUCUUCCCAGGGAUAGAAGACCACCCCGUGCUGAAGGAGAUGGAGGUCCAGGCAAAUGUGGAGAAGUCCUUGACCCUCUUCGGGCAGCUCCUGAACAAGAAGCACUUCUUGCUGACCUUCAUCCGCACUCUGGAGGCUCAGCGGAGUUUCUCCAUGCGGGACCGCGGCAAUGUGGCCUCCCUCAUCAUGACGGCGCUGCAGGGCGAGAUGGAGUACGCCACGGGCGUGCUGAAGCAGCUCCUCUCCGACCUUAUUGAGAAGAACCUGGAGAGUAAGAACCACCCCAAGCUGCUCUUGCGGAGAACAGAGUCGGUGGCAGAGAAGAUGCUGACGAAUUGGUUCACGUUUCUGCUGUACAAGUUUCUGAAGGAGUGUGCUGGGGAACCUCUCUUCAUGCUCUACUGUGCCAUCAAGCAGCAGAUGGAGAAGGGACCUAUUGAUGCCAUCACAGGAGAGGCUCGCUACUCCCUCAGUGAAGACAAGCUUAUCCGGCAGCAGAUUGACUACAAAAUGCUGACCCUCAACUGUGUGAAUCCCGAGAAUGAGAACGCCCCAGAGAUACCUGUCAAGGUGCUGAACUGUGACACCAUCACACAGGUGAAAGAGAAGCUGCUGGAUGCUGUCUACAAGGGGGUGCCCUAUUCCCAGCGACCCAAAGCUGGAGACAUGGACCUGGAAUGGCGGCAGGGCAGGAUGGCCCGGAUCAUACUGCAGGAUGAAGAUGUCACCACAAAGAUCGACAAUGACUGGAAGAGGCUAAACACCCUGGCUCACUACCAGGUGACGGAUGGCUCCUCGGUAGCCCUGGUGCCCAAGCAGAACUCGGCAUACAACAUCUCCAACUCUUCCACCUUCACCAAGUCCCUCAGCAGAUAUGAGAGCAUGCUGCGGACAGCCAGCAGCCCCGACAGCCUGCGCUCGCGGACCCCCAUGAUCACCCCCGACCUGGAGAGCGGCACCAAGCUCUGGCACCUGGUGAAAAACCACGACCACAUGGACCAGCGGGAGGGCGACCGGGGCAGCAAGAUGGUCUCCGAAAUCUACCUGACCCGCCUGUUAGCCACCAAGGGCACCCUGCAGAAGUUUGUGGAUGACCUGUUUGAGACCAUCUUCAGCACAGCACAUCGUGGGAGCGCACUGCCCCUCGCCAUCAAAUACAUGUUUGAUUUCCUGGAUGAACAAGCUGAUAAGCAUCAGAUCAAUGAUUACGAUGUCAGGCACACCUGGAAGAGUAACUGUCUACCUCUACGUUUUUGGGUGAAUGUGAUUAAGAACCCCCAGUUUGUGUUUGACAUUCACAAGAACAGUAUUACUGAUGCCUGCCUAUCCGUGGUGGCUCAGACAUUCAUGGACUCCUGCUCAACUUCUGAGCACAAGCUAGGAAAAGACUCUCCCUCCAACAAACUACUGUAUGCCAAGGACAUCCCCAACUACAAGAGCUGGGUAGAAAGAUAUUAUGCAGAUAUAGCUAAAAUGCCAGCGAUCAGUGACCAGGACAUGAGCGCAUACCUGGCGGAGCAGUCGCGGUUACACCUCAGCCAGUUCAACAGUAUGAGCGCGCUGCACGAGAUCUACUCCUACAUCACCAAGUACAAGGACGAGAUUUUAGCUGCAUUGGAGAAGGACGAGCAGGCCCGGAGGCAGCGGCUGAGGAGUAAGCUGGAGCAGGCGAUCGACACAAUGGCCUUAAGCAGCUGA